AUGUCACACGAGGAUGCUGAAAUAGUGAUCAAUAAUCUUGAUACGGAUAAAGAUAAUCUUCUCGAUUUUCAAGAUUUUAUGAAACUAAUGGAGAAAGAAGGUGAAGAGGAGGAUUUGAAGGGAGCCUUUGAAAUAUUUGAAUUGGAGAAAGGGUCGGGUCGGAUCACGCCCAGAAGUUUGCAGAGGGUUUUGAGUCGAUUAGGGGACUCAAAAUCAUAUGAUGAGUGUGUGGCUAUGAUUCAAGUUUACGAUAUGGAUGGUAAUGGCGAAAUUGAUUAUCAUGAAUUUCAGCAAAUGAUGAUGGCUUGA